UCGACAAUCUAAUAACAAUCCCCCUCCACUGCCAUCAUCCUUUUGCCAGUUCUUCUCUCCAUGAUAUCCACUUCAAAUGGAUGCCUACUUUUUCCUCCACUCUAUUUUCAUUACCAUCUUCAUCCUCUUGAUUUGUACCUCCAUAGCUUACUGUAAUGAUGAUGAUGAUGAUUAUCAUCAGUAUCUGUCAUGCAAUAGCACCUACAAUUGUGGAAUCUUAAAAGACAUAGGCUACCCUUUUUGGGGCAAUGGCCGGUCCCAAUUCUGUGGCUACCAAGGGUUUGAACUCCUUUGUGAAGAAGGGCAGUACUCCACAGCGGAUAUUGGUGGACAGAAGUUUCGAGUACUGGAUAUAAGUCGUUCAGCUGCUGCAAUAAUGACCAUAGCUCCUGUAGGGAUAUGGGGACAAGAUGCUUGUCCUGUGAAAUUCAUCAACAUCUCCUUGAGCCAAAGCCUUUUCACGUUAGCUCCAUCUGCUCAGAACCUCAGCUUCUUCUACGGCUGCCCUCCACAGACGGAUCACAUACCUGUUCGGAACAAAUUUAACUGCACCAUCAAUGGCAGUUUGCAGGAUGCUUAUUUUGUAGACGAAUCGCUGUUGAGGAUUAAUCCUCCCAACCUUACAAAGUGUAACAUCAGCAUCUCUCUUCCUGUGAAUCAGAUGGCUAUUGAGGAGCUGUUGAUUGGAAAUGAGGGUGUGGGUAUUACUCUGAAUAAAGGAUUUGAUGUACAGUAUACCUCAGUUAUCAUUAACUGUUCUGCCUGCCAGAAUUCAGAUGGGAGAUGUGGAUCAAACUUUCCAUCGCUUGAGUUCUUAUGCUUCUGCCCUGACCAACCUUACCCUCGAAUGUGUCUCAAACCUGGUACGCAUGUUUAUUCUUUUCACAUUAACAAGAUGUUUCUCUUCAUUGUUUUCCUCUGUGGUUCUUGAUCUUAAACAUCCUAAAGGAACUGUUCUAACUUAGGAAAUUCAAAAUUUUGACAUUUAAAACUCAACUUACCUUCAUAAUCUUAGGAUUUGACUAGUUAGGUGGGUUUUAAUUCUAGUUCAAGUUAUUAACUGGUGAAUGUUUUUUCUUGAACUAGAUAGACAGACUUAAUUCGAGUUCGAGUUUUGGUUGUAUCAUAGGUUUGUAAAACAGAAUUUGAGGCAAUAUUAGAAUUCUAUUGUAAUUCUUAGACUUUGAAUGGUGUUCUCUGUAUUCUGCAGAUGUUAUUUCUUGGCAGUUUCAUCCUUCAUAGUCAUAGAGGUAGGUCAAACUUCUAAAUCAAAUUGUUAUCUUUCUUCCUCUGACAAGAAAGAUAAUUGUACAUU